UAUUGUACAAUCUAUUUUACAAAUUAAAACUGACGUCUGAAAAAGUUAAGUGAAAACCCGUUUCCCAUUAAUUGUAGUUCUCUUUUUCCUGAAAAAAGUUUAAUAGGCACUAAAGUAAAGGAAACUACAGAUACUACAGUUCUAACCGGACGUUACAAUAUACAAUUAUUAUCGAUCUUUAGUAAUGUGUGAAGCCCGAUUUCCUAUAAAGGUAGCAUUUUCUCGUCACCGAAUUUUUAAAAGGUGAUUAGGUUUUGAAUGGAUGACGAAACAGGUGAGACUACCGAUUUCAAGAAAUGUAAAUUUUCAAGACUACAAAUUGCACUCGCCUCACGAGCUUGUGCAAUUUUUGAUGUCAUAGAAAACUUUAUCCUCCACUAAAUCACAAUCGAAAUUGUUUUAUUUCCUAUACUUAAAAUCUUUUACAAGCCGUCAAAGUAACUGACGUUUCCAAGCAGUUUCUCAUUUUCCCCGCAAACUGAUCAGUAAAAAUUAAAACUACAAAAGGAGAGGGAGGGAAGGCGGAUUUUAAAGCGACAAAAUUUCGUUUUUCUUCAAUAACCUUUUAAGGGAUUUUUUUUCCCAAAAAGGUCCUUAAAUCAAACAUUACAAAUGUUCAUCUUGUCUUCACAGGAGUCAUAAAUCUGAUAUGCUUCUCAUAGCUGGUCGCCAAGCUUCAUUUUUUACCGUGCUAUAUUUCAUUUCUCAACUGUUCCGUGACAAUGCCAGUCAGAAUUGUGGAGCUGGCGGCGACUUAUACUCGAUUUACCAAAUGAUGCUCAAGGGCCACACUUACAAGACGUUCAAGACUGCACCAGGUACUCUGGAAUGCAGAGACGCUUGUCUUGCUGAUGUCAGAUGUCAAAGCUACAACGUCGUUAUGUUCAUUGCAAUAUGCGAGUUAAACAACCGAACUAAAGAGGCCAGACCAGAGGACUUUGUCAAGAACAAGGACAGAUAUUACAUGGCGAAAGAUCCAAAACGAGCCGAACACUGCAAUAAUUACAAGAACUUAAGUGAUGCCAAUAGAAAGAGCAGUUACACAAGAUCAGCUAGUUUGUGUGACGACAAACUCCAUGUGGGAUGGUAUCGUUUUGUGAGAGCUGCAGGAACAAAAAUGCCAACUAAUCUUGUGCCAUUACGCAGAUGUGGUACAGUAAACCCAGGCUGGUUGAAUGGUUCUCAUCCUUCAGUGGAAGAUGGUGAAGUUGACAGGACGGUAUGCUUUCGUGCUUAUAACAACCGCUGCAAGGACCCAACAGUAAUUGGUGUGAAAAACUGUGGAUCUUACUACAUCUACAAACUUCAUCAGCUAUCACGUUGUGCUAUGCGCUACUGUAGUGCAGACUGAAUUUGAAGCAAAUCCACUUCUCGUAAUAGGAGAAUUCAUAAAUAAACCCUUAAAUCCAUGUUCAUAAGAGCUUAAGUAUGUUCCACUGAAGAAAUGUAAAAUGGUUUCCGUGUUUACAUAGCCUGAUGUAAACACGCGGGAGGUUGGGAG